ACAAGGGGCGGGAUCGUCCCCCGGACAUACGUCACUGAACAGAUGAUCUCAGCGCGGUCUGCAGGGCUGCAGUUUGGGGUUUUAACUCUCAGGACAGAAGGAUAGAGAGAAGAGAGAAAGACAAUAAGAAGGAAAAGAAAGAAGAAGAAGAGCAGCAGAGGAAGGAACCAGGAGGAAGCUGAUGGUGGUUCUAGUUUGUGUGUUUCUGUUAGAGAGUGUGUGUGAGUGUGUAGGAUGGAUGUAAGGAGUGUGUGUGUUUAUGUGGUUCUCUGUGUGCGGUCCUGGGCCGGUCCAGUGGAGGAUGUUACGGUUGACCGGUACUCCUUGCCCACACUGUGUGCACGUGAGGUCCAGCAGGGAGACUAUGUCCGGUACCACUACACUGGAACCUUCACCAAUGGAACCAAGUUUGACUCCAGUUUAGAUAAAGGUGCUCCGUUUAUGGGGCAGGUGGGAUUGGAGAGUAAAGUAAUUCCCGGUUUGGAUAGAGGAGUGCUGGGGAUGUGUGUAAACGAACGGAGAAAAAUCACCAUCCCUCCAUACCUGGCGUACGGCGUGUCAGGAGCAGGAUCAGUGAUUCCUCCCGACACCACGCUGGUGUUUGAUGUUCUGCUGCUGGAUGUUUGGAACGAAUCGGAUAAAGCCGACAGUCGGACGCUGUUCCGUCCCCAGAGCUGCAGACGCUCCGUUCAGCGCAGCGACUUCGUCAGAUACCACUACAACGGCUCCUUACUCAACGGCACGGUGUUCGACUCCAGUUACUGGAGGAAUUCGACAUAUGACACGUACGUGGGUCAGGGGGACCUGAUUAAAGGGAUGGACGAGGGACUGCUGGGAAUGUGCAUCUCAGAAAGACGCUCCAUCAUCAUCCCACCGUUCCUGGCUUAUGGAGAGAAAGGAUACGGUUCUAAGGUGCCGGCGUAUGCGACGGUGAUAUUUGACGUGCUGCUGGUGGACGUGUUUAAUGUGAAGGACGAUCUGCAGGUGGAGGUGCAGGACGUCCCGCAGUCCUGCAGGCGGAAAUCACAGGCUGGAGACUACAUCCGCUACCACUACAACGGGACAUUUCAGGACGGGACGCUCUUCGACUCCAGCUACCAGCGCAAUCACACCUACAACACCUACAUCGGUCUGGGUCAUGUGAUCGCUGGGAUGGAUAGAGCUCUGCAGGGAGUGUGUGUGGGGGAGAGGAGGCGGGUCACUAUUCCACCUCACCUGGCCUACGGAGAGAACGGGACAGGUUCUUUGAUCCCAGGCUCAGCAGUUCUGAUCUUUGACCUUCAUAUCAUUGACUUCCAUAACCCGUCCGACCAGGUGGAUAUCCGGGUCACUCGCAGCCCACCGGACUGCAGCACCACCGGCACCGCAAACGACUUCAUCACCUACCGAUACAACUGCUCCCUGCUGGACGGCACACGCCUCUACUCCUCGGACGACUACGCCAAGCCUCCACAGGUGACUCUGGGUCAGGGGAAGGUGAUCGAGGGUCUGGAGAAAGGUCUGCAGGGGAUGUGUGUAGGAGAACGCAGGGAAGUCAUCAUCCCGCCACACUUUGGCCACGGACAGAACGGAGGUUCAGGAGUGCCCAGCAGUGCAGUGCUGCUGUUUGAGCUGGAGCUGCUGGAGCUGCAGAAGGGCGUUCCUGAGGGAUAUCUGUUCCUGUGGCUGGAGGACAGUCCGGAACCUCUGUUCCCUGCCAUGGACCUCAACCACAACCAGGAGGUUCCUUUAGAGGAGUUUAUAGAGUUUAUAAAGCUGCAGGUAUCAGAAGGAAAGGGUCGGCUGAGGCCGGGAGUGGACAGUGACUCCAUCAUCAGAGACAUGUUCACCAAUCAGGACCAGAACUCUGACGGGAAGAUCACAGCCAAUGAGCUCCGAGUUCAGACUGAGCGCGGAGAAAUCCCGGACCACGAGGAGCUAUAACACACACACACACACACACGCACACAAUACACAUACACAAUGGACGUGCCAGAGAGAGGAGCUCCAGAUCCAUUUCCUCCCUGAAACCCCUUCAGUAACACUGUACCUUCAGUUUAACCAGCGCAUGCAGAACAUUUAUCACCCAGUAUAUUCAUUACCCUAACCUCUCUCUAACUACCCUCGCACACACUCACACACACCAGCUCAGAACUCUCCAGAACACUCCAGAUCUUUCUAGAGCACUCCAGAUCUUUCCAGAGCACUCCAGAUCUUUCCAGAGCACUCCAGAUCUUUCCAGAGCACUCCAGAUCUUUCCAGAACAUUCCAGAUAGUUUCAGAACACUCCAGAUCUUUCUAGAGCACUCCAGAUCUUUCCAGAACAAUCCAGAUCUUUCCAGAGCACUCCAGAUCUUUCCAGAACACUCCAGAUCUUUCCAGAGCACUCCAGAUCUUUCCAGAGCACUCCAGAUCUUUCCAGAGCACUCCAGAUCUUUCCAGAGCACUCCAGAUCUUUCCAGAGCACUCCAGAUCUUUCCAGAACAUUCCAGAUAGUUUCGGAACACUCCAGAUCUUUCUAGAGCACUCCAGAUCUUUCUAGAACAAUCCAGAUCUUUCCAGAGCACUCCAGGUCUUUCCAGAACACUCCAGAUCUUUCCAGAGCACUCCAGAUCUUUCCAGAACAUUCCAGAUAGUUUCAGAACACUCCAGAUCUUUCUAGAGCACUCCAGAUCUUUCCAGAACAAUCCAGAUCUUUCCAGAGCACUCCAGAUCUUUCCAGAACAAUCCAGGUCUUUCCAGAGCACUCCAGAUCUUUCCAGAGCACUCCGGAUCUUUCCAGAGCACUCCAGAUCUUUCCAGAGCACUCCAGAUCAUUUCAGAACACUCCGGAACAUCGGAACAUUGUAGAUCUUUUCAGAACAUUCCAGAUCUUUAUAGAACACUCCAUAUCUUUCCAACACCCCAGAACAGUCCAGAUAUUUUUGGAACACUCCAGACCUUACCAGAGCAAUCUAGAACUCUCCAGAUCUUUAUAGAACACUUGGAACACUCUUUUCAGAACACAAAAUACUCUGGAACAUGUCAGCAUAUUUUGGAACAGUUUUGAAAUGUACCCUAUACGCCCAAAGCACUUCAGAUUGCCCAACCAAAAAAUCCUGAAAACUUAAAACAAUUCAAAACACUUUAGAACACUCCAGAAUAGAACAUUUUAGAACAUUCAUGAACAUUUCAACAUAAUUCGGAACAUUUUUGGAACACUUUGGUGCACUUACAUAUUACAAAAUUCAAAGUCUAGAACAUUUUAGAACAUUUUAACAUGGUUCCACAGUUCCACUGUUUUGUGAAACAUUCCAGAUCAUUCCAAGAGCAGAAAUGCUCCAGAGCAUUUUCAACACUCUGGAAAACCUCAAAGCACUUCAGAUUUUUUUUUUACUAGAACAUUUCCAAUAUGCCAAAGAACUUUGAAGACAAUUUGGAGCAUUUCUGGCAAUUUUAACACUCUGGAAACCGUCAGUGUGCUUCGGAAUAUAAAAAAAAAACGCCUUUAUCUUUCACUCUGUUCUGAUUCAGCAGUAUUAAAUGAGUACGUUUUUUCAGUGUUUUCUCUCCACAGCGCAGCAGAGCAGAGUGUUGGUGAAGCUCUGAGAGUAGAAGAGCUGUAAACUCUGGAUCAGAAAAUCUGUUAAUCCUGAUUUAAGAGGCCGUUAAAGUGGAAAGAGCAGAAUUUCAGUGUUUUUACAGGAAUGUUUGAGAGAGAGAAAGACAGACUCCCUCUGGUGGCCAACAUCUAUCAUCUCCACUACUACCACUAGCCUGAACUGAGCUGAUCUGGGAUCAGAUUCCUCUGUAUUUACUGUAGGUGGCAUUACUGACUUGACACACUUUAUAAAUACAGACUCUACCUACAUUACUGACAGCAGAGCUGAAGCCAUAUUUGAUCAUUCACAAAUCAGUAUUUAAUCAAUAUCUGUGUUUUUCCCACUGAGCAUCAGAUUUAAUAGGUGGCAAAUUCAGAUCUUAAUUCCUUGGGUGGAUUUAUUUACCUUCCUGAUUUGUGAGAAUCUGAAGAAGACGAAUUUAUUUCUCAGAUCAGAUCUGUGAAGAUGAAUGGAACUGACUGUUACUGUAUUUGCGUGUCUGUACAUCACAAACAUAUCUGCGUGGGUUGCUGUAGUGUGGAGCUCAGCGUCAGUAACUAACCUUUGGUGUUCUUUUUGGACACCCACACUUUCCUCACUCUGGAUUUGAGGUCAUUACUAGUGCAAUCUGAUAAAAUUAGAAUAGCAUUGAAAAAUUACUUUAUUUUAGUAAUUAAGUUCAAAAUGUAAAUGUCACACAGAGUGAUCUAUUUUAAGGGUUUAUUUAUUUUAUUAUUGAUGAUUAUGGCUUACAGCCAAUGAAAACCCAAAAAUCAGUGUCUCAGAAAAUUUAAAUAUCAUAUAAGACCAAUUUGUACUUUUGGCAGUGUGGGCAGUGUGCCAAGUCCUGCUGGAAAAUGAAAUCAACCAAACCAUCACUGAUUGGUGGAAACUUCACACUACACCUCGAGCAGUUUGGACUGUGUGUCUCUCCACUCUUCCUCCAGACUCUGCUCCCUUUAUUUACUUUAAGUGAAAUGUAAAAUUGACUGAUGAUCAGUGAUGGUUUGGAUAAAGAGUCAUGUCAUCUGCUGGUGUUGAUCCACUGUGUUUUAUUAUCAAGUCUAAAGUCAGUGCAGUUUUGUUUUCCCACAAAAUCUUACAGAACUUCAUGCUUCCCCUCUGCUGCUGACAACUUUUAAAGGGAUGCGGAUUUCAUUUUCCGGCAGGACUUGAGACACUGCCAAAAGUACCAAACGUAAUUUUGUGAUUCACUGAUUUUUGGGUUUUUAUUGGCUGUAAUCCAUAAUCAACAAUUAAAGAAAUAAACACUUAAAGUAGAUCACUCUGUGUUUAAUACAUCUAUAUAAUAUGAGUUUCACAUUUUGAACUGAAUUACUGAAGUAAAGUCAUUUUUCAAUGAUAUUAUUUUUUUUUUGAGAUGCACUAGUAUUUGUUAUGUUGUGAUGCAAAAUACACGUUAAAAUCCCAUGUGUAACACAUAUGUACAAAUCUGAUUGGUAUUACAUUUCAAAGCUCCUUUCAGUGUUUUUCAUGUGGUUUGUAGCUGAAUGGUGUAUGGAGGAUGUAAGCUUGUUGGCAAAAGGUAAUUUGGUGCAAUAUAAGAACAUGUUUCUAAGUGCCUUAUUUUGUUAAACUGUAAAACAGACAAAAUAUUUUCAAAUAAAAUCAUUUAAACUUA